AGGUCGCAAAGUUCAAGGGGGCCGAAUACUUUCGCAAGGCACUGUAUAUGGAUAUCAGGCUACAUUAGAAUAUACAGUAUAUGGACAGCAGCAGUCAACAUAGAUAACAGGCUACAAUACAGCAGACUAUGGUGAUGAUGAUAGUGAUGUCUCUGCUAACUAAUGCUACUACCAGUACUGUACACAAGGGUCUACAGUGUAACAUAAUACGAUAGUGGUGUGUUGUAAUACUGCAGACAUAAGUGUUUGUGUGAUUAAAUGUGACUUUGUCAAGUAGUCAGUGUUGUGUUUCACCAUUCUAUCCAAUGUAUUGUCAGUUUGGAAUGUUGUUAUUAGCCAAACAAUAUUAAGGUCAUUAUUAUUGGGAUGGUGCAGUAAUGUUGAGAUGCCAGUAGGAGGAGCUCUAGUCUAGAACACUGGAACCUUCAGUACCACUUUGAUGCAGAUAAUGAGGAGAGUAAAUCGAAUGGGUUUGUAGAAUAGAAUGAAUGACAUCAUGGAACUGACCAAAUGUAAAUGGAACUUUGACCUGUUCCAUGUAGAACUCAGAGGGUCAAGGCAACACAUUCUAAUAUAUUAUAAACAUUCCAUAUAGAAUAGUCAACAUAUUGUUAACAUGGUUCUGUAUUUAUAUAAAAGCGGAAAUGGGUGACAUUUUGUCCAUUAUAGAAAUGUAGGACCCAUUUUAAUACAGUAACCUCCCUUCUCUGACAUGAUGUUCUGGUCGUCAUGCAUGUUAAUGUCUUAAAGAGGAAGAAAGGACUGUGUCAUCUACUUUAAAUAUGUAUCAACCACAGAACUGACACUUACUAGCAGUUGCCACACACUAUCAGUCAGUUGACUCACUGUACAAGACUCUCCCCUUCACUUCACUCUGUAAGUACUCUUGACAAUGUCUUGAAAUAUAGUUUUGGGUUAUUUGUUUUUAGUCAUAAGUCAUAUACUUGAGGGUAAUGUAUAAUUGUACUUGUUGUUAUGUUUUGAGCUGUGUUCUGGUUGUUACAUCAGGGUCAGUAUUCAUAAAGUGUGUCAGUGUAGGAGUGUUGAUCUACAUAGAGAUGAGAUAAUUAACCAGGGUAAAAAAAGACAUUCAAACCAAUAUUUAAACACUGCAGUGUGUGUGUACGUGUCCGCCCCCAUGGGUGUGAAUUACACAGUGGAUUUAUCUGAGGGCCCUUUAGGACCAGACUGAUAGGGAGUAGGGUUGACAUCUAUACUGUGUAGGAUGUGUGUUUUAACUUUUCUACAUCCAUAACAACCAGCUCUCUAGACUUUGAUACAGACUCCAUGGGCCUUAUGGGCCUUUACUACAGAUAGUGUCUGUAUUUGUGUGUGUGUGUGUGUGUGUGUGUGUGUGUCAGUCGCUGUUUAGCCUCACAGCUUGAGGAUAGUAGUUAUCAUUGAACCUGGUGGUCAUUCUUUAGGCUGCUGUACAGCUUGAUAGACCGUAGAGGAUUGAACAUUUAUCCUCCCAUAUUUGGGGUUCUGAGAAUAAAACAGCUUCAGAAUAAUCAAUAUAGAAAUGUGUGUUUACAGUAAUACUGUUGAUGUUGAAUAAGUUAUUGUUGUUGUUUAUAAUGAUGAUGAUGACAAUUGUAUAUAUUAGGAAUUUAUUUUUGCAUCAUGCCAGUUUAAGUAGAUAGACGUAGACAGACAUGCAACACAUCACACACAUUACAUACAUAGUGCAAUAGACUUACAGACAGACAGUAUUCACAUAGACAACCAUAUAGCACAAUACAACACAACACAAUAUGAGCCUGGUUCAUUUUCAGUAAUGAGGCCCUGUACUCCAUUUACAGUUUAUACUUCAAUGUAUCAGGUGGAGUUAUUCACCAGCUAUAGAGUUGUUGUUUAUGUUUCUAAGACUGCAGGGUGGGAGAUGCAACAAUGGCCUUGAGAACAGCAGGUAGUGUGUUGGUGGUCUUUCUCUGGUCUGUAGCAGGUGUUCUGGGACAAAAUACUGUGAAGAGUGUCUGUGCCUUAAAGGGGUCAUCAGUGGACAUGCGCUGUCCUGUUCCCAGUGUGACCCAAGUCACAGAGAUAGUCUGGUAUAACACACGGUUGAAUGAUAAGCCUUUUGAUCUGAGAUGGGACCCUAAGUUUGAUGGUCGUGUGGACUACCGUGGAACUACAGAGAAGGACUGCAUCCUGAGAAUCACAGACCUGAGACAGAGUGACAUAGCAACAUAUCACUUCAGAUAUAAAACAAACCAGUAUUCAGGAUGGAAAUAUUCAUAUGGAUUCACUCUCAGUCUCACAGAUCUAAAGGUGGAGAGGAUAUAUGACAACACACUGACCUGUAGCACCACCUGUACUCUGACUGACAACCCCACCUACAUCUGGUACAAGAACAGACAACAUCUAGAUGAGAGCACCUCCCCCCAGUACAGAGACCCAGUCUCCAGUAACUAUGACGAUAGUUUCUCCUGUGCUGUAAAAGGCCAUGAGGAUCUCCCCUCUCCUGCAGUGUGUGUUCAGGGUCACAACCACUGGUGGGUGACUUACACCAAGAGGAGAAUCUGUGUCUUGAAGGGGUCUUCAGUGAACAUAUCCUGCUCUUACACUCAUCCCACUUGUUAUAUAGAACAAGGUUCAUUCUGGUUUACACAGAAACACCCUGUAGAUGUCAGGUCAUAUCCAGAGUCUGCAGGUCGUGUGGAGUACAAUAGGAACCACCACACCAUGACAAUAACAGACCUGACAGAGAAGGACUCGGCUGAAUACAAAUUCAGAUUAAUAACAACAAAUAAGGGGAGAUUUUCUGGUCUUCCUGGUGUGAUGUUGACUGUCACAGAUAUCCUGUUGGAGAUGGAUCCUACGUCUGUGUCAGAGGAGGAGAGCGUCACACUGAGAUGUAGAACCCAAUGUACAGUCGGUCUCAACCCCACCUACAUCUGGUACAAGAACGGACAAAGUCUGACCAACCCAAUCACCAGUUAUAACAGCCUGAUCCUAGACCCAGUCAGCAGUGAGGAUGCAGGGAACUACUCCUGUGCUGUAGAAGGCUUUGAGAGAAUCCUCUCUCAAGAAGAGACUCUCACUGUCAGAUAUGGCCCAAGGAACACCUCAGUGUCAGUCAGUCCCUCUGGUGAAAUAGUGGAGGGCGGUUCAGUGACUCUGACCUGCAGCAGUGAUGCCAACCCACCUGUGGACAAAUACACCUGGUACAAGAAGAACGUAACCUCGCCAAAAGCAUCAGGACAGAGUUACAGCAUCACUAACAUCAUCUCUGAGGACAGAGGAGAAUAUUACUGUGAGGCCCAGAAUGGAAGAGGAUCUAUGAACUCUACAACUCUGAUGAUCAUUGUAGCAGGGAAACAAACCUCAGUUCUGACUGCAGCUGUAGGAAUCAUAGUGGUUGUUCUGGUUCUCAUCCUCUGUCUCUCUGGACUCAUGUGGUUCAGGAAGAAGAACUCCACAUCCACCUCCAACACAAGAGACACAGCAGAUGAUGGACAGGGAGACUCUAGUCCAGUGUAUGACAACAUCUCAAACAUGGACAUGACCCCUACUGCAGCACAGACAGAGUCCACAUACGACCAGGAUGAUGUUCACUACUCCAGCGUCCACUUCUCUCGCUCCAAAAACCAGGAAGUGCCUCUGUACUCCACCGUCCAGCUGCAUCAACCACAGAAACAGGACCAAGAUGUCCAAUACGCUGCUGUGAAAUUCAACCUCCCCAGUUCUGCCACCCAACCAGCAGCAGCACAAGCAGCUGAGGUGGAUGCCUCUGAGAUCUACAGUACAGUCAACAAACCCAGAACCAAGAAGACCUGAACACAACAAACCCAGAACCAAGAAGACAUGAACACAAAGGCCCAGAACCACAAACCCAGAACCAGGAAGAACUGAACACAACAAACCCAGAAACAAGAAGACAUGAACACAACAAACCCAGAACCAGGAAGACCUGAACACAACAAACCC